AUGACGAGCAAUGCCGCCAUCGUGCAGGGCAUGGCAGACGCCCUGCCCACCCAUCAGAAAGACGACGAUAGCUCCGACCUAGCCAGCUCCUACGAGGCCGUCGCUCUCCUAGUCCACGCCCAUCUCGCCUCCCUAGGCUUCCGGCUCUUCGGAUUCGACGAAGAAAAGCCUCUACCCGAAGCAGAGUCUCUUGCCCCGCGCCUCCCGCCGCAAUGGAACAACGGAUUCGGAUCGCUCAGCUUCGCCUACAAGCACAAAAUGUCGUCCAUGGACCUACUUCUACGCAUCGACCGCAUGGGCACAAAAGUGAGCGUCCGCGGGUUCGCCAUCGGGCACGAUAAGAUCCAUGGCUUCGAGCGCCCCAUCAGAGACAUCGUCAACUCAAAAGGCCUCCCUGUGAAAAUCACAAUGACAGACAAUGGCGAAGAUCGAAGCGACCUCCCUGAGCAGCUGAAGAAGGUCUUCGCGUCGGAAGACGCAAUCAAAUGUACGUCGCGCGCUCUACCGGCCUUACCUUACCAGAGCUUGACUAACUCCGCCACAGCCGUACUUGACGCCGUCAUGACCGAAAUCAUCCAGAAGCUGUACCCCAGCCUUGACGAGAACGACCGCAGCACCGACCGCGCCGAGGCAAACGAGCGACUACGAGAAGAACGGCGACCGCCGAACGUGGACCCAUUCUCCGAUCCCUCCCAGCCCAGCGUCCCGUACCCGCGCCCGGGUCUCCUCCCCGAAGCCGCUCGCCCCAGACCUCCAGCCCCCGUCGGCGACUUCCCCCCUCCGGGCUUCGAAGACGAGCAUGAGAUCAACCGCCCGGGCCGCGGCCUAGUCAUGCCCGGCGGCGUCUCCCCCUUCAACAUCGGCCGCGACGACCUUAACCCGCCAGGCCUCGGCCCCCACGAUCCCCUCAGAGGCUCCUUCGUCGGGGGCGGUGGCCUUCCACGACCCGGCGGCAGCUCCGGCAUGCAUCCCACAUUCGACGACCCCCUCUUUGGCGGAUCCAGAGGAGGCCUUCGCGGAGAUCCAGACCAAGGCUCCUACGAUCCGCAGGUACCGCCUGGCGCAAGAUGGGACCCUGUCAGCCCCAACCACCCCAGGUUUCCUGGCUCCGGCGGAGGCGGGCACAAUCCGUUUGGCGGGUUCGGCGGGCCCGGGGGCGGUGGAAUCAUCUAA